GCUUCAUCUCCCUCGUCCCUCUUGCAAGAGGGCGCCUCGGAGCACCAGGAGGGUUUUGCCGCGGUGUUCGGUGCUUUUCCGAAGCAUUUGGCGUCUGGAGGGGGCUGUCCGUCGGUCCCUGGUUCCCGGUGGAGGUCUGUGGCCCGGCGGGGAUGUUGUCCCUCCGCUGUCUGGCGCCGGCCCGGGUUCGGCGGGACCCCAGCCCCGCGAGGGCUCAUCUGGAUCCCUUCAGCACGGCUCCUGGGGACACGGGGCGGCGAUGUCUUCUAGAAACAUGGCUGGGCAACACAUCCUUCCUCAAGCUUUGUAUCAGAGCAAUAUGCUGAAAGCCAUGAAGAUUAGGGAGAGGACACCUGAAGAUCUGGUCAGGCCUCCUACUGGAAUAAUUCACCACUUCAGGACUAUGCACAGAUACACCAUAGAAAUGUUCAGAAUGGGACAGUUUUGUCCUCAGUUUCGAGAAACACUUCAGAAGGCUCUGACUGACCAGGCCGCUCAGACUUCGCUGGAGCGUCAGAGGAAGCUCAACUGGUGCAUGGAAGUUCGGAGACUUGUCCCUUUGAAGACUAAUGGUGAUGGAAAUUGCCUCAUGCACGCUGCAUCACAAUACAUGUGGGGUAUUGAGGACAUCGACCUCGUCUUAAGGAAAACCUUGUUCAGUGCACUCAGGGAGAAUGACACACGGAACUUCAAGCUCCGCUGGCAGCGGGAGGCUGUUAAAUCCCAGGAUUUCAUAGAGACAGGACUCCACUAUGACACUCGGAACUGGGAGGAAGAGUGGGAAUAUCUCGUUGAAAUGACCUCCCCAGAAACAUCUGGGGCUAGAAACAGGCUUCCAUAUAAUGCACUGGAAGAAAUCCACAUCUUCAUCCUUGCUAACAUCCUCAGAAGGCCAGUCAUUGUCCUUGCAGACAAAGUGGUGAGAAGCUUAGAGUCAGGCUCCAGUUUCGCUCCUCUGAAUGUUGGUGGUAUUUACUUGCCUCUCCUUUGGCCAGCUGAAGAAUGCUACAGAUACCCAAUUGUGCUUGGCUAUGACAACAUGCAUUUUACACCACUAGUGACUCUGAAGGACAGUGGGCCAGAAAUCCGGGCUGUCCCUCUGGUCACCAGUGAACAAGGCAGAUUUGAGGAUUUGCGUGUUCACUUUCUGACAGAUGCAGAAGAGAGGGAGAAAGAGCAGCUGCUAAAAGACUACUUGAUAGUGAUAGAAAUUCCAGUGCAAGGCUGGGAUCAUGGUACAACUCAUCUAAUUAAUGCUGCAAAGUUAGAUGAAGGCAACCUACCCAAAGAAAUGAACCUGGUGGAAGAUUACUUUCAAUUGGUACAGCACGAGUACAAGAAGUGGCAGGAGAGCCCUGAACCCACUAGGAGGGAGACCUGCUCCAGGAACAGACAAGAACUGUCUCUUUCCCAGCUCUCCCUCUUACAGGUGAAAUGUGAGACACCAAACUGUCCUUUCUACAUGUCUGUGAACACCCAACCCUACUGCCACGAGUGCUUUGAGCAGAGGUCCCAGGGAAACAAAGGAAGAAAGCAGACCUCCAAAACGGCACCUGAGAAAUUGAAAGCAGCUGGGUCGGGCUCCUCUCCUGGGGACGUUUGUGAACCUGGGAGGUGGACAUCUGAAGAGCCUGUCACAGGGCCUCGCUCUGCACCUCCAACUGCUCCAAGCCUCUUCCUCUAUAGUGAAACCACGGCCAUGAAAUGCAGGACACCAGACUGCCCCUUUACACUGAACGUGCAACACAAUGGGCUCUGUGAACGUUGCCACAACUCCAGACAGCUCAGUCCUUGCAACAACCUGGAUGACCAGAGACAUUUGGACCAUGCCACGUGCAAGGUGUGCCAUCAGAAGGCCAACAGGACCUUCAAUGGCACAUGCAGCACUUGCUUCAAAAGGACUACAGAGCAGUCCUCAAAUGGCAACCCUGCUUUCCUGCCCGCAUGCCAAAGAUCAACACCAGACCCAUCCCAGAUCCCACAGAUCCUCUUCCAGCACUCCUGCCUUCAGGCUCCCAACAACCACAGCGAGGAGCCCCCACCACCCCCACUGCCUCCUGAGAAGAGGGGAGGUAACCCCUGCAGGAAGCCAGGCUGCAAGUUUUUUGGGACACUGCAGAAUGAGGGCUUUUGCACACUGUGUUUCUUUGAGUACAGGGAAAACCAUGAUAGUGCUUUGCUACGCCACCAGAGGAGAUCCCAGAGGAAGUCCUCGGCAGUGGGACAGCUGGGGACCUCAGCCGCCGCCUUCCGUGACACCAUGUCCUGCCAGCGGCGGGACUGUGGCACCCUGGGCAGCACGAUGCUCGAAGGGUACUGCCAGAACUGCUUCAUCAAAGCCCAGAAUCGGAGGUUUGAGGAAGCCAGGAGGACGGAAGAACAGCUAGUGAGACAGCCAGAAAGAACGGGACAGCACAGAGAUCUGCAGCGAGCAGCAUUGAGUAGCCAGAAGAGACAGUGCUCUUCAGCAUCGUGUAGAAACAACCUGGCUGGCAGGAGCAGUGGCUUGUGCCACGAAUGCCAGCGCCUCAGUCAGCUCAUGCCGUGGGGGGGUGCCAGGGAUCUGCCUGCAGAGGAGCCCCCGAAGCAACGCUGCCGAGCCCCUGCUUGCGACCACUAUGGCAAUGCCAAGUGCAAUGGGUACUGCAACGAGUGCUACCAGUUCAAACAGAUCUAUGGCUAGCGGAGGGCAGGGCUUGGUGAACAGCGAGGAAGCCGUCCCAGCCACUUCCCUUCACUGAAAAGGUGCUACGUCCAAAACACUUAACAGUCCUGGGAGUGGGAGGGCGAGGGGAAAGAUAAGCUGUCUGCUCGUGUUCGUGUUUAUCCCCAGGAAUGGGAAUAAAUGUCUACUUCCUAUAAACACUGCAUACAAGGACUUCUGAGAAGGACAGGCUGCCUUCUGCACAGAGCUGUUGUUCACGCCUAAGCUCCUGCAAUGCCGUAUUUAACUCUUGGACUUCCAAAGAGGAAGUGUGAAGCAUUUGAAUCCAAAGAACUUCGCAGUUCUUCCUCAGUACCUCCCUGGAUGAGGAGUCACGGCUGCUGUCAGAGGUGCAGGAGCCCUUCGUGUACUUCAGUCAGAGGCAAGGCUUUCCUGAGAGGAAUCCCCCUCACCCUCAGACAGGCUGAUGCAGCUUGCAGUUGAUCUGAAGAAACUUGCUUUGGGUUGCCUGUAUCCUUGCUGGUGUUCUUACAGAACUCAUCAAGGUUGGAGCUCCUGUGGGUGUUUCAGGGUGCUAAUGGCAAGCGGUUCUGUGUUUGCAGACCCCUCAGAAAACCACAGCCAGAAACAAGACCAGCAGCAUCUGCUCCUUUAACGUGUUUAACCUAAAUAGCAUUUAGGUCGUUUCCCAAUUCCCAAGACAGCUGGAAAGACAGGUGGUUACAGAAGCAACGUCUGUGGACAUAUGCAUGUGAUGGGAAAAGUGAAUCCCAUCAUCUCCCACUUGUAUGGAUGGAAUUACCUCCAACAUACAAAACCCCCAACACAGCCCUUUGUCUUCGGCUUCAAUUCUGAAAUCAAAGCAACUCUUUUUCCUUGUGACUGCCAGGAAUAUGUGUGCUGCUGUUUGUACCCUCCCUCCCCAUUUCUGUCACACGUUUUGUUAUCCUCAUUGUGAUUCUGUGACUGCAGAGAGCUUGGAGCUCAGUAACGGGAGACCUUUGGGACUGAGAUUUUACUCCUGUAGUUCAUGCAUCCACUUCUCAGUCUGCAAUACUUUCUUUACUGACUUUGCCUUUACCAUUGUGCCUUCUCCUCCUUUCACACCUUUAUGUUUUCAGCAUCUAUUUUGCUGCUAUGAUUUUGGAGGAGAUACCUCUUCUAAGUUGCUUCUCAAGUUUAGAAUCUUUCUCUAGUUAUUAUAAAACAGUUUUUAAAAAGAAAAAGAAUAAUUCAUUACUUAUUCCUGUUAAAUUUUAUAUAUUUUGUGAACCUUAAUGUGAACAUGUGUUUUAUUAAAAUAUUUAUAUUAUUUGAAACAAUGCAACUUGAAAUUUGCACAGCUAGGAU